AAAAAUGAUCGUCUAUAUCUAUGAAAUAUAAAAUAUCACGUAAUUUUAUUUAAAUACAUAACGUCGAAUAAUUUUAUGUACACUUUUGUUGCUAAGACAACGUUAUCGAUAGAUUAACUCAUACGUAUACUAGAAUUAUAAAAGUACUUUGUUUCUAAAAGUAGAAGUGACUAAAAAAAUGUCAUCAUAUGCAACACCAAUACUUUAUUUAAAUAUGGGUGGCGAAAUGUUAUAUGUUUUGCGACAAAGAUUGAAAGCACAAAGAAUAAAUAUUGAUAAAACUAUACAAGUGUUAGAUGAUGUAACUACAGCAUUGCUUAAUCCUAAAACAUUAUCUUCUAUAUUUGAGGAAAAAUCUUUGACCAAAGUAUCUUUUUUACGAUCUACUUUAGAAUCUGUUGUAUUAUCAUCAAUAAUGAAACUUGAUAAAAAUAGUAUGGAUAAACUAUUUGAUUUAAUGAUUAUGAUGGUUAAGUAUCAGUUAAUUGCAGCUACUGGUCCUGUAGAAGUUAUAUUGUUAACAUUAAAUCACAUAGAUGCAAUGCGUGAUAUGGUUAGCAAUUCAAAUGCUCAACAAUGUGUUGGAUUGGUACAUCAAAUGGUAACUGAUUUUUAUAGUAUUCUAACUUUUGAAGAAGUUUGGAAUGCUAGGAAUGAUUGUAUAAAAGAAUUAGAAUAUUAUUGCGUAAAGAUAUCUAUUCUUCUUAGACUUGGAUUACAAAAUGAUGAUGGAAGCUUUAAUUUAAUGCAUCACAAAUAUGAUGAAAAAUAUGAAGAGAAUAAAACUAAUUUUUAUAAUAUUAAAUUAUGUGAUAUAAAUUUGGAAACAUACUGUAAUGGUUCUUUUAAUCUUUUUGGAGAACGCAGUACAAUACUUGGAAAAAAUAUGUAUUCAAUGUCAUGUGGUAUAUCAAAAUUAAGUUCUGAACAAGAAAACCAAAAUUAUAUAAAAGACUGUGGUAUAAAAGCAGAACUUGGUAUGUUAGCUGUUCAACUAGGAACUGAAGAAACUUCAUAUAAACGACCCUUUACUUUGAAUUUGGUUUCAAAUGAAGAUAAUGAUAAUGCAAACGUAAAAGAAAAUUUUGAUUCUUUAAAAGAUAAUCAUAAUGAUGCAAUUGUAAAAUUUGAAAAAACAAAACUCAACGAAGAUUAUAAAACCAAACUUGAUAUUAUACGUGCAGAUCUUUUUGAAAAUGAUUGUGAAGAGAUAAAACAUAAUAUAAAUUUGUUGGAAUUAUUAGAUAAAACAGAAUAAUUUUAAUCUACUUUUCAAUUAC